AUGUUCGUUCAGAUGAGGUUAAUUCUGUCUUACCUUCAGUCUCACCAAACCGCAGAACUAGAAGAAGAAAAUGCUCCGGAUCGAGAAAUCGAAAUUUCUUAUUCGCGAAUGAAAGAAUUGUUACCCUUUAAGGCAAUGGAGGAUCUGGACAUUUUCUUUCGACCUACAGACUACCAAACUUCAAGAAAUAUUGAUACAUUCUAUGGUUCCUUAAAAGUCUGUCCGAUUUCUGACAGGCUUUUGAAGUUGUUCUUGGAAGAUAACUGCACGCUUCAACGAAUAUGUGCUUUAUAUUUGCCUCAAUCGCCGACGAUUAUAAACGAAACGGACGAUCUCUUUACGUCUAGGGACCUUUUAACUACUCUAGUUUUGACUAAUUUUUAUGUCUUUUGGUUCCCUAUGGUCCAUACCGAAUAUAUUAAACAGGAAGGGGCUGCUGAAAGUUUAGAAUCUGUUCGAGUAUUUCUUGCUGAUUUGCGCGUCUUUGAAUGCCUUUUCGAUUUAGCAAGAGAAACACUGGGUUCGCACAACAUCCUCUAUGCAACUGUUCUGCUUGACCUUACCUGUCUAUUUCUCAAUACAGAUACUACCUCAAGAUCUUUGGAAACCUACCUGGUAGGUCUUUCAAUUAUGUUGGACUGCCUACCUGGUUUGAGUAUGACAACUGCUUUGGGUCUAGAGAAACUCGCUUUUACCAUCUUCGUUCAUGAGUACAAUACAGGUAAUUUCGAACUGGCUCUACUGUUCGCUGAGAAGGCAGUUGACACGAUCAAACAUUUGGGCAAUCAAUGCUGUGUGCAAUACGCUUCGGCCACUAGGGUCAAAGGUCAGUUGCUGUCUCCACCACCCUCUCCUCCCUCGUCUUUACAUAACACACUCAUUGUUAAUUUACGGACUGACUGA